CCUACUUCAAUUAUCAUCCACUAAAUACUAAAAAUCUUCUUUCUUUUUUUUGCCCCCUUUUUUCCUGGAUCUAUUGUGAUUCUCCAAAGUCAACUAUCUUUGUUAAAAAAAAGACAAGUAUAAAUAAAUUCAAAUCAACCCCUCAUUGUCAUGCAAAACAUAAAAGCCACUGUUUGUUUAGUGCAAUUCUCAUCUCUUUUAGGGCACAUUUCUUUAAUUUCUUGUGUGAGUGAUGGGGAGUGAAGAUGGUGCGUCUGCUCCUUCGACACCCGUGACUCCAGGAACCCCCGGUGCACCUCUCUUCGGAGGAUUCCGCCCCGAACGAGGCCGUAACGGAGGGCUAAAACCGUCUUUUCUCAGGAGCAGCUGCAAAUGCUUUGGUGUUCAUGAAUCUUGGGCUUUGGAGGAGGGGUCUCUGCCCCCUGUCACUUGUGCAUUGCCUCCACCUCCAAUCUCCCUCGCUCGAAAGGUUGGGGCUGAGUUAAUAGGCACAAUUAUACUGAUAUUCGCCGGAACCGCAACCGCCAUUGUGAACGAAAAAACCGGCGGAUCGGAGACUCUGCUCGGCCUGGCGGGGUCGACCGGACUAGCGGUGAUGAUAGUCAUACUCUCCACCGGACAUAUCUCCGGGGCCCACCUCAAUCCAGCUGUCACAAUUGCAUUUGCCGCUCUCAAGCAUUUCCCAUGGAAGCAUGUGCCGGUGUACAUCGGAGCACAAAUAGUGGCAUCGAUAUGUGCAUCGUUUAUGCUAAAGGCAAUAUUUCAUCCGACAAUGGGUGGCGGAGUGACGGUUCCUUCGGUUGGAUACGCGCAAACUCUUGCUCUGGAGUUCAUCAUUACAUUCAACCUCAUGUUUGUUGUUACUGCAGUUGAAACCAAUUUUGUUUUAACUUGCCGUAUGCCUUUUCUAUCAGGAUUAAUCAACUCUGGUUUUUAUGUUGAGUAAAAUGAACUUAUGGUGAAGUUUGAU